AUGACCGACCUCACCCCAACAUUCUCCGAGCUGCUGCGCAGCAAAUCCCCCUCUUCGAAACUCUCCACAGGCUACAUGACCACCGAAAUCGCCGACGAAUUCCUCAAAGAAGCCUACCGAAUUAAUAAUCAUAUAACAUCAUUACUAUCCUACCUCCACACAAUCCGCCCCUCCUACCUCUCCCUCACCACCAAACCCACCACCAAACAACAACACCAACACCAACAACCAGAGAUCCUAGACGACACCGCCCGCGACACCAUCACCACCACCACCUCGACCCUCCUAUCCAACCUCUCCACCUCAAUCACCACCCUCAGCGCAGCGGAGAAUCUCCGCCAGGAAACCGUCUCUAGAAGCAUAACGCAGCGGUUCGGGAAGGGGUUGUUAGCGAAGUGGGCGGGGGGCGCGACACUCACCUCUGGGAAUGAUAAUGAGGGAAAGGAGGAAGAACAGGUCGUGGAAGAAGAGAAGGAGAAGGUGUUGAAGGGGGUGAGGGAGAGUGUGCUUUUCUAUCUGAGGAUUAAGUUGGGAGGGUUGGUUAAUGAGCAGAGGGAUAUGGUUGAGAAGAGGAUUGAGAGGGUUAGGGAGAGGGAGAGGAGUGUUUUGUAUAAAUUAAGUGGUGGUAAGGGUGGAUGGGGGAGUGUGGAGGGGGGGUCGUGGAGGGGAGAUGUUGCUGGAGGUGGUACUACGGGAAGUGUGAUGAUGGAUGAGAGUGAAGUCAAGGAGAUCGAGAAGCAGUUGACCCCUCAGCAAUUGCAGCUCUUUGAGGAGGAGAAUGAUUCCAUGGUCAAGUAUUUUGAGGAUGUGGUCGGGAAGGUUCAGAACGCAGAGAAAUCCCUCCUUGAGAUAUCCUCCCUCCAGCAGACGCUCGUGUCGCAUCUGUCUACACAAGAGGAAUACAUUUCGCAGCUUGUGACGGAUGCGAGCAAUACGGAAGCGAAUAUCGGGCAGGGAAAUAAGGAGUUGAAGCGCGCGACGGAGAGACGGAGUACCGCGCAGGCGGUGUUUUGGGGGACUGUGGGGUUGUGUACAUGGUUGGUUGUUUGGGAUUUGGUUUUUUAG